AGCCCCCUUCUGUCUGGCUGUUACUUAAUGCUUUGCUAUCUUUAUCACUUUCUUAUCUUGUAGGUAACUACAAACUGAUCAUUUAACUUGAUCAAGAAUCUUUCAGAGGAUUGAAGUUACUGAUCUGUAGCUUCUUAAGUCUUCUCCCACCUUUUUUUUUUCUUUUUAUAAAGAGAUCGGCCAGCCCGGCUGAGACCACUUAGCGAUGACCAAACAAAAGCUUCUGCUUGAUGGGACAGUCUCCUUGUUUCUGUUCGUGGCCUGUGAAGCUCAGCAGCUCCCAAGGAGUCAUGUUGCUGCUAGUUCUGGUCCUCUGUGCGAGAAGGAGGCAGAGUCCUGGGGAAACCUUUUCAGCAGCGAGCGGCUGGAUGCCUGGAUCUGUUCCCUCAUUGGUUCAUUCAUGGUGGGGCUGAGUGGGGUCUUCCCCUUGCUGGUGAUCCCAUUUGAAACAGGAGCUGCUCUGAGGUCAGAAGCUGGAUCACACCGUUUGAAGCAGUUGUUGAGUUUUGCAAUUGGUGGGCUACUGGGGAAUGUGUUCCUGCACCUGCUUCCCGAAGCCUGGGCCUACACAUGCAGUGCAACGACAGGAGAAGGGCAGAGCUUUCAGCAGCAGAAGCUUCUGGGUCUCUGGGUGAUUGUUGGUUUCCUGACCUUCCUGGUGCUAGAGAAGAUCUUCAUAGAGAAAGAAGAGAAGGAAUGUCCUGGUGUGGGCUGUGAUUCCAAAGCAUCAGCUGGAAAGGUUCCUAAUGGCAGUGGCUACCCCCUACCAAAGGUGGCAGGCCAGCCCCAAAGAGCAGGAAGAGAUUCAGCUCAGUGUAAUGGCUCCUCUCUCCAGUCUUGUCCAACAGACAACAGAAUCAAGAUUAGUGGAUACCUCAAUCUGCUGGCCAACACCAUUGAUAACUUUACUCACGGCUUGGCAGUAGCAGCCAGCUUCCUGGUUAGCAGAAAGGUUGGGUUCCUAACCACAAUGGCCAUUCUCCUGCAUGAAAUCCCACAUGAGGUUGGAGACUUUGCAAUCCUACUUCGGGCUGGCUUUGACCGCUGGAGCGCAGCCAAGAUGCAGCUUUCCACAGCUCUGGGGGGGAUUCUAGGGGCCUGCUUUGCAAUAUGUGCUCAGUCACCAAAAGGAGCAGGGGAAACGGUAGCCUGGAUCCUCCCUUUCACUUCUGGAGGAUUUCUAUAUAUUGCCUUGGUAAAUGUUGUGCCUGAUCUCCUGGAGGAAAAGAAUCCCUGGAACUCCCUGCAGCAAAUUCUGCUCCUGUGUACAGGCAUUACAGUCAUGGUGCUACUCUCGCUCACAACUGAGUGACCUGCGCAGACCUCAUGAUGCCUCCCAGAGCCACCACAGUGACUCUGAGCUGUUACAAAGCAAUAAGGAACACUAAUUUUAUUUCCUCUGUGUGUGUGUGCGCAGAUCCGGCUGCUAGUAUGAGAAGCAGGUGAGAAAGAGGUCUGGGUGUGCAGGACUUCAUUCCCUGGCUCUCCUAUCCCUCUUCUGCUAAAAUUCACACAUCAGGGCUUCCGGUUUUUUUGUUUGUUUUAUGGAGCAAAAGAUACAGUGAGCAGAAAUGAACUGAACAACUGCUCCACAGUGAAUGGACAGUUUCAUUUGGUUCAUUCAGAUGGAACUGCACCUCCCAAGCUCUUGUGUGGAAACAACAGAGGUGAUUCCUGUAGCUGAUGAAGGGGAAGUACUUUUCCUACCACUCUAAGGGCUGGAGGCAGAACAGGGAUGGCAAAGUAACAACUAACAGCUUUAGCCAGAAUUCCCUACCCAUGAGAAGUUAACGGUGCUAUGAGAUAGAGGGGAAAGGACGCUUUCCAACUUGAUCUCUGGCUUUUCACUGGCAUCACUUGUUCCUAAAGGUAGCACUAGCCUCAGCAGUCCAUCUUUUUGGUCUGUUCUGAUUUGAUUUUGUUGAAAUCGAGCCAAAAGCUUGAGGCACUUUAGGUCACUACAAUUAAAUGGCUCAGCUUGGAGAUUACUUGCCUCAGCUCUAACCACUCCAAUAGCCAGCACAGUGUGUUUUUCUGAAAAAUGGUCAGUAAAUCUUUCUUCUACUGCCACAUUACCAGCUCACCUUCAUCUUGAAGGAAAGCCAUGAAGCUGUUAUGACUGAGCUCCCUCUCAUAACCAUUAGCUGUAUGUGUCUCUAAGCCUGCUCUCGAGAUCCGACUCACCCACCAUCUGUCCCACACCAUGCUUCAGAGCUCUCUUGAAGUGUAGUGUGCUAGCCCUGCUGUCAUGUUACAGCAGCUCUAGACCGUCACGGCAGAGAUCUGGGCAGUUUGGGCAAGAGUCAAACACUACAGCCUGGUCAGCAGCCGAUAACCCCUGGUUAGCUUUUCCUCUGUACAGUGUAGACUAUUUAAGAGCAUGCUAUAACCAAAAAUAUAGAUGGUAGCUGAUUUCUGGGCUUCUUACCUCACAGUGGAGUUAGUUGGGAAUGAAUGGGUAAGAACUGACAGCCCUUAAAGGAAGGGGCACAGCAGUAAACAAUACUGGAGGGAGGGUGAAAUGGGAAGGGAAAAACUGCUGGUGAAAACGGGUCUAGAAAAGCUGUGUGCUAAGGAAGGAGAGAAAGGGAUAUGAAAAGGUGACAACAAGUAUGUUUUAAGAGGAGUUUUCUGUUGUAUGACGCUUGGGAUAAAAUUUUUGGUAAUUUGAGACCAGUAAAAAUAAAUGACAUUUCUAGUGCUUUCCCGCAUCCCAGCUCACGGUGCUGACCAGGCCAUCAUUCCACAGGGGUGCUUUGUCACCACAGAGACGUGCACAAUUCCUAGAUGAUCCUCUUUUUUGCUUAAGUCUGUUUAAAAACAGGUCUGAUUGAACUAGCGAACUCACUGGACACAAAGCAGGUGUCACAAAGUGAACUGCACCAAGUCAGCUCUGUCUUAAAACGGCUUUUGUAAAUCAGUAGAGCUCUGCAGUAUGCCCAGGGCCUUAUCGAGAGGGCUCAUCCCUUGAGAGGGCGAUUUGGGUCAGAGCAACGAGGCAGGUAUGCUGCCCACAGCAGAGGCAUUUACUUCCCUAAGAGAUUUCUGAACUGUUGACACAGUUCUUUUUUUAUGACAGCUCCUGUCCUACUUUUCAGAGAACGUUGGAGAGCUCAUGCUUGCGGUUCUCUCUGCCCAGGAGCUGCUGUCUAAAAUUCUUUCAGCUUUCCUUACCCCGGGCUUACAUCAGUAUCUAGUUUCACUGCAACAACGAGGGAGGUUUAGUGCAUUUUUUUUAUUCCUCUUCACAAAGUUGCCCUCCUCUGCCAACUACUCCCUCUAUCAUGCCAUUGUCACGAAGUCUGAAGGUAGCAUCUGCUUCCUGCUUUCCUGGAAGGAGGAUUAAUCUGAUUAGCCUGCAGGGACUGGGGGAGUGUGCUAACCCUCUAGUUUUCCCCCCACCCCGGGACUGCAGCUAAGGAGACCCUGUAGUAGGGCUCUGGAGGAAGCAGGUUUGCACAGAAGGAUGUGCCUGCUGUUUCCCAAGACGUCUUUCACAAAAUGAGGCUGGCAUUUAAAUUGAAGCAUUGCCAGGUGAGUGCCCAUGAGUUGGCGUUGUUGCAUCAGCACUGAGACUUGCCAAGACAAAACCACAGUCAGGAUUUUGUGCUCAGCAUUCAGGAAUGUGAAGUGGAUGACACUGAAGAAAGAAUUUCUGAGUUGUUUUUCUUGGCUGCCACCACAGGCCUGGACAGUCUGCGGUUCUUGGGAAGAUACCCUGGUAGGAGGUAGCACAGGGCUUGUGGGAGAGAGGGGCUCCUUAGUUUUCCACUUCGUCAAGCCCUGGGGCUGAGGAUGGAGAGCCUUGGGAGGAAACGGAGCAUCACUCCACCACAUUGGUCACUUUUGGAAAUGCAGAGAGAAUUGUAUUUUCUAGCUCUAUUUUUUCAGCUGCUCUUAUGCAUUUUCCCCCUUCAUCUGUAUUGGUCUGCUCUGCAUGGAGACAAUAGAGAUGAAAUAAAUAAUUUUCCAUGUG